AUGAAGGUGUUGCUGGUGUUCCUGCUGCUCCUGAACGUUUCCCAGCAUGCCCUGGCUGUGCUGGUGGAGGUGAAUGAGGGGGCAGAGUCUGUCCUGCUGCCCUGUCAGUACUCAGGAUUUCCACCUGAGGAGCCCACAGUGAUGUGGACUCGUAGUGAUCUCAAUCCCAAAACUGUCCACCUGCUCCAAGAAGGAGGAGAUGAUCUUAGAGGACAAAACCAGCGUUACAGCGGACGCACAUCAGUGAGGUCUGAUGCUCUGGACUCUGGAGACUUCAGCCUCACUCUGAGGAACCCACAACUGACUGACAGCGGCAGCUACACCUGCUCCAUCAGUGAUGGAAGACAAGAACGGAGACUGAGAGACAUCCAGCUGCAGGUCAAAGACCAGCAGGUGGAGGUGAAGGUGGAGGAAGGCUCAGAGUCUGUCAUCCUGCCCUGCAAAACAACACCUGACCUGCCCGAGGACACCAGGGUGGAGUGGACUCGCUCUGACCGAGAACUCAUGAUGGUCCAUGUUUAUUCUAACAGAAGUGACCACCUUAACAAACAGGAUGGUUUUUACAGAGAGCGAACGAAGAUGAAUGAAGACCUGCUGAGAACUGGAGACCUCAGUCUGACCCUGAAACAGCCCACACAGAGAGACACAGGAGGAUACAUCUGCACCAUCUACAGGGACAAUGACAUCCUGAGACACAAAGUAGUGCUGCAGGUCAAAAAACCAUUUCCAUCCUGGGCCAAAGCUCUUCUGGUUCCCCUGGUUCUUCUUCUGGUUUCUGGAGGUCUUUCAUUUUAUUUUCGGCAGUACUUCAUGUCAGUAAUGCCAUCCAGAGUGGAGGUGGAGGAGGGGGUGGAGUCUGUUCAGCUGCCCUUCAGAACCACAGAAAACCUGCCUGAAGAUGCUAAAGUGGUGUGCUGGGACAGUUCAAAUAGGACAGUCUACAUUUAUCAGAAUGGCUCUGACCAGCCUGAUGAACAGGACCAGUUUUACAGAGACAGAGUGAAGAUGAAUGAAGACCUGCUGAGAACUGGAGACCUCAGUCUGACCCUGGAUCAGCCCACAGAGAGAGACAGUGGAGAAUACAGAUGUGCAGUCUGGAAUCACGGAUCCAUCAUCAGAUCCAAAACAGUGCUGCUGAAAGUCAAGGGUCCAGGAUCAAACAGGGAUCAUCAGGAACAGAAGCAGCUCCAUUGA